AUGGCUGAUGAAGAAUGGGAAAAAUUAGACAAGAAGGCAAAAGUGACAAUAUUUCUCUCGCUGUCUAACAAUGUUCUCUUUAAUGUCAUGGGUGAAGCAACAACGAAAGAUGUAUGGGAUAAACUCACAACCAUGUAUGAAAUGACAUCGACUACCAAUAAAGUGUUUAUCAUGAAGCGGUUGUACAAGCUUAAGAUGAAGGAAGGUAGCGAAGAUUUGAGAAGGAAAAAUGAAGAACCUUCAUCUGAUGAAGCCUUAUUAACAGUGAACAGUGAAGUCUUUUCUAAUCAAGUACAUUUUCUCUGUUUGGUUAUUACAGGGAAUGUUUUUGGAAUUGCUCUCUUUGUAGUCCCUCUGAUUACAUUCAUCUCUGUGGUGAAGAAGGGAUCCACUGAGGAAUACUCAGGCAUUCCAUAUGUGGCUGCACUCUUCAACUGUCUUGUCUACACAUGGUAUGGCCUUCCAUUGGUCACUUCUGAUAACAUUCUCGUCUCGUCUGUUAAUGGAUGUGGCGUAGUUUUGGAGAUUUUCUAUAUUUGUCUGUACUUGACGUAUGCCCCUCCAAAGUACACGGUGAAAAUUUUGAGACUGUUCAUUGGAGUGCUGGCUUUGUUUGCUGCAAUUGUUGCAGUUUCUGUUUUGGCUUUUCAUGGCACUGGACGAGAAUUGUUUGUUGGGAUCAUCGGAGUUGCUGUCUCUGUUGCCAUGUUCGCUGCUCCUUUGUCUAUAAUGAAAUUGGUAGUCCAGACAAGAAGCGUGGAGUUUAUGCCCUUCUUCCUUUCAGUCAGUGUAUUUCUCUGUGGUUUCACCUGGUUUUUCUAUGGCAUUUUGGGCAGAGAUAUAUUUGUGGCGCUUCCAAAUGGAUUGGGGGCAUUGCUUGGUGCAGCACAAAUUCUACUGUACUGUGUGUACAGAAACUCCAGCCGCAAUAAUGAAGAUUAUGAAAGAUCUCUGCUCCAAUGAGACAAAUUCUUGGCUAUCGAUAUUUUUUUUGUGUUUUCCGUUGGAGUUUGGGUUAAGUGGCGUACAUUCCGCCGACUCGUUUUUUGUUAAUUUUAUUAAGUCGUACUUUAAAACGACUAAGAAAAUGGUAUUGAAAAUUAUCUACAUAGAAAAUCACAUGAAGUACGUGGAAGAAACGGAGGGAAUGGGAUAUCUAAAAUUAAUUUAGAUAUUUUGAAUAGUGGGAAAAUUAUCAGUUUAAGGUGUUUAUAUAAUAUAAAUAUUUAAUAUUGUAAUGGUGAAAUUUGUAAAUGUAUUUUUUAUCUAGUUUUAUGUUUA